CUGCUGCUGCUGAACCAGUUCCACGAUGUGAUCCCUGGCAGCUGUAUAGAGAUGGUGGUGGAGGAAGCACUACGAUAUUAUCAAGGUAUAUAACAGCACUACGAUAUUAUCAAGGUAUAUAACAGCACUACGAUAUUAUCAAGGUAUAUAACAGCACUACGAUAUUAUCAAGGUAUAUAACAGCACUACGAUAUUAUCAAGGUAUAUAACAGCUGUAUAUUAUCAAGGUAUAUAACAGCACUACGAUAUUAUCAAGGUAUAUAACAGCACUACGAUAUUAUCAAGGUAUAUAACAGCACUACGAUAUUAUCAAGGUAUAUAACAGCACUACGAUAUUAUCAAGGUAUAUAACAGCACUACGAUAUUAUCAAGGUAUAUAACAGCACUACGAUAUUAUCAAGGUAUAUAACAGCUGUAUAUUAUCAAGGUAUAUAACAGCACUACGAUAUUAUCAAGGUAUAUAACAGCACUACGAUAUUAUCAAGGUAUAUAACAGCACUACGAUAUUAUCAAGGUAUAUAACAGCACUACGAUAUUAUCAAGGUAUAUAACAGCACUACGAUAUUAUCAAGGUAUAUAACAGCACUACGAUAUUAUCAAGGUAUAUAACAGCACUACGAUAUUAUCAAGGUAUAUAACAGCUGUAUAUUAUCAAGGUAUAUAACAGCACUACGAUAUUAUCAAGGUAUAUAACAGCACUACGAUAUUAUCAAGGUAUAUAACAGCAUUACGAUAUUAUCAAGGUAUAUAACAGCACUACGAUAUUAUCAAGGUAUAUAACAGCACUACGAUAUUAUCAAGGUAUAUAACAGCUGUAUAUUAUCAAGGUAUAUAACAGCUGUAUAUUAUCAAGGUAUAUAACAGCACUAAGAUAUUAUCAAGGUAUAUAACAGCACUACGAUACUAUCAAGGUAUAUAACAGCACUAUGAUAUUAUCAAGGUAUAUAACAGCACUACGAUAUUAUCAAGGUAUAUAACAGCAACUACGAUAUUAUCAAGGUAUAUAACAGCACUACGAUAUUAUCAAGGUAUAUAACAGCACUACGAUAUUAUCAAGGUAUAUAACAGCACUACGAUAUUAUCAGGUAUAUAACAGCACUACGAUAUUAUCAAGGUAUAUAACAGCUGUAUAUUAUCAAGGUAUAUAACAGCACUACGAUAUUAUCAAGGUAUAUAACAGCACUACGAUAUUAUCAAGGUAUAUAACAGCACUACGAUAUUAUCAAGGUAUAUAACAGCACUACGAUAUUAUCAAGGUAUAUAACAGCACUACGAUAUUAUCAAGGUAUAUAACAGCUGUAUAUUAUCAAGGUAUAUAACAGCACUACGAUAUUAUCAAGGUAUAUAACAGCACUACGAUAUUAUCAAGGUAUAUAACAGCAUUACGAUUUAUCAGGUAUAUAACAGCACUACGAUAUUAUCAAGGUAUAUAACAGCACUACGAUAUUAUCAGGUAUAUAACAGCUGUAUAUUAUCAAGGUAUAUAACAGCUGUAUAUUAUCAAGGUAUAUAACAGCACUAAGAUAUUAUCAAGGGUAUAUAACAGCACUACGAUACUAUCAAGGUAUAUAACAGCACUACGAUAUUAUCAAGGUAUAUAACAGCACUACGAUAUUAUCAAGGUAUAUAACAGCUGUAUAUUAUCAAGGUAUAUAACAGCACUACGAUAUUAUCAAGGUAUAUAACAGCACUACGAUAUUAUCAAGGUAUAUAACAGCACUACGAUAUUAUCAAGGUAUAUAACAGCACUACGAUAUUAUCAAGGUAUAUAACAGCACUACGAUAUUAUCAAGGAUAUAACAGCACUACGAUAUUAUCAAGGUAUAUAACAGCACUACGAUAUUAUCAAGGUAUAUAACAGCACUACGAUAUUAUCAAGGUAUAUAACAGCACUAUGAUAUAUCAAGGUAUAUAACAGCACUACGAUAUUAUCAAGGGUAUAUAACAGCACUACGAUAUUAUCAAGGUAUAUAACAGCACUACGAUAUUAUCAAGGUAUAUAACAGCACUACGAUAUUAUCAAGGUAUAUAACAGCAUUAGUAUAUUAUCAAGGUAUAUAACAGCACUACGAUAUUAUCAAGGUAUAUAGCAGCUGUAUAUUAUCAAAGGUAUAUAACAGCUGUAUAUUAUCAAGGUAUAUAACAGCACUACGAUAUUAUCAAGGUAUAUAACAGCACUACGAUAUUAUCAAGGUAUAUAACAGCUGUAUAUUAUCAAGGUAUAUAACAGCACUACGAUAUUAUCAAGGUAUAUAACAGCUGUAUAUUAUCAAGGUAUAUAACAGCACUACGAUAUUAUCAAGGUAUAUAACAGCACUACGAUAUUAUCAAGGUAAUAACAGCUGUAUAUUAUCAAGGUAUAUAACAGCGUAUAUUAUCAAGGUAUAUAACAGCACUAUGAUAUUAUCAAGGUAUAUAACAGCACUACGAUAUUAUCAAGGUAUAUAACAGCACUACGAUAUUAUCAAGGUAUAUAACAGCACUAUGAUAUUAUCAAGGUAUAUAACAGCACUACGAUAUUAUCAAGGUAUAUAACAGCUGUAUAUUAUCAAGGUAUAUAACGCUGAUAUUAUCAAGGUAUAUAACAGCACUAUGAUAUUAUCAAGGGUAUAUAACAGCACUACGAUAUUAUCAAGGUAUAUAACAGCACUACGAUAUUAUCAAGGUAUAUAACAGCACUACGAUAUUAUCAAGGUAUAUAACAGCAACGAUAUUAUCAAGGUAUAAACAGCACUACGAUAUUAUCAAGGUAAUAUAACAGCACUACGAUAUUAUCAAGGUAUAUAACAGCACUACGAUAUUAUCAAGGUAUAUAACAGGCACUACGAUAUUAUCAAGGUUAUAACAGCACUACGAUAUUAUCAAGGUAUAUAACAGCACUACGAUAUAAACAGCUGUAUAUUAUCAGGUAUAUAACAGCACUACGAUAUUAUCAAGGUAUAUAACAGCACUACGAUAUAUCAAGGUAUAUAACAGCUGUAUAUUAUCAAGGUAUAUAACAGCACUACGAUAUAUCAAGGUAUAUAACAGCACUACGAUAUAAACAGCUGUAUAUUAUCAAGGUAUAUAACAGCACUACGAUAUUAUCAAGGUAUAUAACAGCACUACGAUAUUAUCAAGGUAUAUAACAGCUGUAUAUUAUCAAGGUAUAUAACAGCACUACGAUAUUAUCAAGGGUAUAAACAGCACUACGAUAUUAUCAAGGUAUAUAACAGCACUACGAUAUAAACAGCUGUAUAUUAUCAAGGUAUAUAACAGCACUACGAUAUUAUCAAGGUAUAUAACAGCACUACGAUAUUAUCAAGGUAUAUAACAGCACUACGAUAUUAUCAAGGUUAUAACAGCACUACCGAUAUUAUCAAGGUAUUAUAACAGCACUACGAUAUUAUCAAGGUAAUAUAACAGCAUACGAUAUUAUCAAGGUAUAUAACAGCUGUAUAUAUCAAGGUAUAUAACAGCACUACGAUAUUAUCAAGGUAUAUAACAGCACUACGAUAUUAUCACGGUAUAUAACAGCACUACGAUAUUAUCAAGGUAUAUAACAGCACUACGAUAUUAUCAAGGUAUAUAACAGCACUACGAUAUUAUCAAGGUAUAUAACCAGCACUACGAUAUUAUCAAGGUAAUAACAGCACUACAAUAUUAUCAAGGUAAUAUAACAGCUUUAUAUUAUCAAGGUAUAUAACAGCACUACGAUAUUAUCAAGGUAUAAACAGCACUACGAUAUUAUCAAGGUAUAUAACAGCACUACGAUAUUAUCAAGGUAUAUACAGCACUACGAUAUUAUCAAGGUAUAUAACAGCACUACGAUAUAAACAGCUGUAUAUUAUCAAGGUAUAUAACAGCACUACGAUAUUAUCAAGGUAUAUAACAGCACUACGAUAUUAUCAAGGUAUAUAACAGCACUACGAUAUUAUCAAGGUAUAUAACAGCACUACGAUAUUAUCAAGGAUAUAACAGCACUACGAUAUUAUCAAGUAUAUAACAGCACUACGAUAUUAUCAAGGUAUAUAACAGCACUACGAAUAUUAUCAAGGUAUAUAACAGCACUACAUAUUAUCAAGGUAUAUAACAGCUGUAUAUUAUCAGGUAUAUAACAGCACUACGAUAUUAUCAAGGUAUAUACAGCUGUAUAUUAUCAAGGUAUAUAACCGCUGUAUAUUAUCAAGGUAUAUAACAGCACUACGAUAUUAUCAAGGUAUAUAACAGCACUACGAUUUAUCAAGGUAUAUAACAGCUGUAUAUUAUCAGGUAUAUAACAGCACUACGAUAUUAUCAAGGUAUAUAACAGCUGUAUAUUAUCAAGGAUAUAACAGCAACUACGAUAUUAUCAAGGUAUAUAACAGCACUACGAUAUUAUCAAGGUAUAUAACAGCUGUUAUUAUCAAGGUAUAUAACAGCUGUAUAUUAUCAAGGUAUAUAACAGCACUAUGAUAUUAUCAAGGUAUAUAACAGCACUACGAUAUUAUCAAGGUAUAUAACAGCACUACGAUAUUAUCAAGGUAUAUAACAGCACUAUGAUAUUAUCAAGGUAUAUAACAGCACUACGAUAUUAUCAAGGUAUAUAACAGCUGUAUAUUAUCAAGGUAUAUAACAGCUGUAUAUUAUCAAGGUAUAUAACAGCACUAUGAUAUUAUCAAGGUAUAUAACAGCACUACGAUAUUAUCAAGGUAUAUAACAGCACUACGAUAUUAUCAAGGUAUAUAACAGCACUACGAUAUUAUCAAGGUAUAUAACAGCACUACGAUAUUAUCAAGGUAUAUAACAGCACUACGAUAUUAUCAAGGUAUAUAACAGCACUACGAUAUUAUCAAGGUAUAUAACAGCACUACGAUAUUAUCAAGGUAUAUAACAGCACUACGAUAUUAUCAAGGUUUAUAACAGCACUACGAUAUUAUCAAGGUAUAUAACAGCACUACGAUAUAAACAGCUGUAUAUUAUCAAGGUAUAUAACAGCACUACGAUAUUAUCAAGGUAUAUAACAGCACUACGAUAUUAUCAAGGUAUAUAACAGCUGUAUAUUAUCAAGGUAUAUAACAGCACUACGAUAUUAUCAAGGUAUAUAACAGCACUACGAUAUAAACAGCUGUAUAUUAUCAAGGUAUAUAACAGCACUACGAUAUUAUCAAGGUAUAUAACAGCACUACGAUAUUAUCAAGGUAUAUAACAGCUGUAUAUUAUCAAGGUAUAUAACAGCACUACGAUAUUAUCAAGGUAUAUAACAGCACUACGAUAUUAUCAAGGUAUAUAACAGCACUACGAUAUAAACAGCUGUUUAUUAUCAAGGUAUAUAACAGCACUACGAUAUUAUCAAGGUAUAUAACAGCACUACGAUAUUAUCAAGGUAUAUAACAGCACUACGAUAUUAUCAAGGUAUAUAACAGCACUACGAUAUUAUCAAGGUAUAUAACAGCACUACGAUAUUAUCAAGGUAUAUAACAGCUGUAUAUUAUCAAGGUAUAUAACAGCACUACGAUAUUAUCAAGGUAUAUAACAGCACUACGAUAUUAUCAAGGUAUAUAACAGCACUACGAUAUUAUCAAGGUAUAUAACAGCACUACGAUAUUAUCAAGGUAUAUAACAGCACUACGAUAUUAUCAAGGUAUAUAACAGCACUACGAUAUUAUCAAGGUAUAUAACAGCACUACAAUAUUAUCAAGGUAUAUAACAGCUGUAUAUUAUCAAGGUAUAUAACAGCACUACGAUAUUAUCAAGGUAUAUAACAGCACUACGAUAUUAUCAAGGUAUAUAACAGCACUACGAUAUUAUCAAGGUAUAUAACAGCACUACGAUAUUAUCAAGGUAUAUAACAGCACUACGAUAUAAACAGCUGUAUAUUAUCAGGUAUAUAACAGCACUACGAUAUUAUCAAGGUAUAUAACAGCACUACGAUAUUAUCAAGGUAUAUAACAGCACUACGAUAUUAUCAAGGUAUAUAACAGCACUACGAUAUUAUCAAGGUAUAUAACAGCACUACGAUAUUAUCAAGGUAUAUAACAGCACUACGAUAUUAUCAAGGUAUAUAACAGCACUACGAUAUUAUCAAGGUAUAUAACAGCACUAUGAUAUUAUCAAGGUAUAUAACAGCACUACGAUAUUAUCAAGGUAUAUAACAGCACUACGAUAUUAUCAAGGUAUAUAACAGCACUACGAUAUUAUCAAGGUAUAUAACAGCACUACGAUAUUAUCAAGGUAUAUAACAGCUGUAUAUUAUCAAGGUAUAUAACAGCUGUAAUUAUCAAGGUAUAUAACAGCACUACGAUAUUAUCAAGGUAUAUAACAGCACUACGAUAUUAUCAAGGUAUAUAACAGCACUACGAUAUUAUCAAGGUAUAUAACAGCUGUAUAUUAUCAAGGUAUAUAACAGCACUACGAUAUUAUCAAGGUAUAUAACAGCACUACGAUAUUAUCAAGGUAUAUAACAGCACUACGAUAUUAUCAAGGUAUAUAACAGCACUACGAUAUUAUCAAGGUAUAUAACAGCACUACGAUAUUAUCAAGGUAUAUAACAGCACUACGAUAUUAUCAAGGUAUAUAACAGCACUACGAUAUUAUCAAGGUAUAUAACAGCUGUAUAUUAUCAAGGUAUAUAACAGCUGUAUAUUAUCAAGGUAUAUAACAGCACUACGAUAUUAUCAAGUUAUAUAACAGCACUACGAUAUUAUCAAGGUAUAUAACAGCACUAUGAUAUUAUCAAGGUAUAUAACAGCACUACGAUAUUAUCAAGGUAUAUAACAGCUGUAUAUUAUCAAGGUAUAUAACAGCACUACGAUAUUAUCAAGGUAUAUAACAGCACUACGAUAUUAUCAAGGUAUAUAACAGCACUACGAUAUUAUCAAGGUAUAUAACAGCUGUAUAUUAUCAAGGUAUAUAACAGCACUAUGAUAUUAUCAAGGUAUAUAACAGCACUACGAUAUUAUCAAGGUAUAUAACAGCUGUAUAUUAUCAAGGUAUAUAACAGCUGUAUAUUAUCAAGGUAUAUAAAACAAAACAUAAAGUCAAAAAUACUACAGAAAAUAUAUAUACAGUGUGUGCAAAUGUAGUAAGUUAUGGAGGUAAGGCAAUAAAUAGGCUAUAGUGCAAAAUAAUUACAAUUAGUAUUAACACUGGAGUGAUAGAUGCGCAAGAGAUGAUGUGCAAAUAGAGAUACUGGGGUGCAAAUAAGCAAAAUAAAUAACAAUAUGGGGAUGAGGUAGUUGGGUAGGCUAAUUACAGAUGGUUACAGACAGAAUAGCAGACAGUCUGUGGUUUUAGAAAAGGUCACAGACUUUCUAUACAUGGAGUGUGAACCCCAACUCCUGUGUGUUUGUCCCUGUGUCCCUGUGUCUCUGUGUCCCUGUGUCUCUGUGUCUCUCAGACAUCCGCACCGUGGGGACCAGACUGCUGCGUGUCUCCUGUGAGGCCCUGGGCUCUACGGGGGCUGCACCCCGGACAGGAGACUCGGCUGUCCUCAACACUCUGCCCUGGGAACGCACUGAGGUCCUCCCACUGACAGGGGGCGCUCCUGAUCUACAACAACCAGGCCUAGGUACUGGAGCUGACUAUAUAGUGUGAAUACUCACACGUCAUUGAUGCACUUACUCAACUACAAUACAAUGGUUUUGUUCUUUCACAAUCCAAUUAGUUAAGUUACUGAUUUAGAGGUGAUGCAUAUUUGAACCAUUUAGACCUUUUUCAUGACCCCUGCAUGUCAGAUGUCCACAUCUCUCUGUCUGCCGGUUUCUAUGUUAUUCUGUAGCUCUGGUGACAGUCCCCAGUGUUGGUGUCGUGUCUGUCUGUGAAGCCACUGGAACCAAACCUGUCACUCUGGUGUCUGUCACGGUUCAGGUAAUACACAGGACAUAG